CUUCCAUAACAGCCUCUAGGCAACCACUCAGACAGCAAGUCAGGCAACACGCUGAAUGCAAGUCAUCCUGACUUCAUAGUUUUAUAACAGUUGUGUGGGCUGUGCUGUUGUUCGCGAACCAGCAGUUACAGUAGCGGUUGGUGUCAGAGUGAACGCGCACUUUUCAUCCUAGCAAGACACUGAUUAGCAACUUGUUAGCUCGCUGAUCGAGAACCACAUGGACCCUCAAAACAUGAACAGUGAGGCGAAGAUGUUGCUGACCCACGCCAAGACUCUCAGACUGCACACCGGGAAUUUAGUCAACCGAAGUCGCCUGAAAAAGAAGUGUCCGUCCUCUCCCAGCGAAGAGCUUAAAGACUGCAUUCAAGCCACGCUUAGUGAUUGGUCUUCCACAACAAUGCCGCCAUCAAAGGAUUUCCCAGACACACUGGACUGCUCCAUUCCCCAGGCAACUGAUGCUAUUACGCCUGAAGAGAGGGAUGAACUGAGGGUCUCAGUCAAGCUGUUCCUGUGCGAGUCGGUUCAAUCCUCCAUCAGAGAUGCAGUGGAGAUGGUCUGCCAGGCGCUGGCAGUGUCCCAGCUUGACUCUGUUAUCAUAGCGCCACCGUGGCCCUUGGACAGUGACAGCCAAAGUCUGGCCCACCUUCAGCCAGCUUGGGAGGAGCUGGAGGCUCUGGUCAGAAGCCAGCAGAUUGCUGCUAUUGGCACCUCUGACCUAGACAAAGACUUGCUGGAGCAGCUCUACAACUGGGCUCAGGUGAAGCCCAGCAGCAACCAGUUCAACUUGGCCUCCUGCUGUGUGAUGCCUCCGGACCUGACAGCCUUUGCCAAAGAGUUUGACAUCCAGCUGCUCACACACAACGAUCCCAAAGAGUUGAUGUCAGCAGCCACAUUCCAGGAGGCGGUGCAGGAGGGAACGCAGGACCUGAACAUUGCUGACUGGAGGCUGGAGUGGGUCCUUCGCUACUCCAUUAUUGUGAAGAGCCGGGGCAUUAUCAAGGCUAAGGGCUACCUUGUCAGUGCGAGGAAGGCGAGCCCCUAGCGCAACCCACUAGGGAAGACGCAUGGAUGAAGCCAUUUUCCUCUUUUCGUUGACAUACGCAUACACACAACAUGCAAAGUAAUGGCUCUGAAUAAUGGAUGCUGCCAUUCACCAUGAGUCUGGAAGUCAUCGUGUACCAUUUCUUCAUUUUAACUGAUGCAGGUGUUCAUUAGCGUCGUCUCAAUGAGAUCAUAAAUGGGAGAUGAACAUGCAAUAUUAACUCAAGAUUCGGUUUUUAAGAGAAUAGACUGUGGAAGUGAGAGUUUCACAGAUGAAUAGUACAUUGACAGAUCAGCCAUUUAUCAACACAAUAGAGGCUGCUUUAAUGAUAGAAAAUGGCGGUUGCUAAACUUUGAUCCAAGGUCAAGGGUUCCUUAACCUUGAUCUGACUUGAAGUGCCUCUCAUCCUUCUCUCCUCCUGUCCUCAUACCUGCUUUGUCUCCACUGUGUCUGUGUGAAUCAAGCUUUAAAUAUAUUGGUCUGAAUGAAAAGUCAAAGGAAGAGAUUUGUUUUUAGUACAGAAUGAUUGAAAAAAAUUUGAAGCUGUAUAUGGAAAAAUAUCAGAAAAAACAUUUGUUGUUGCAAUUGGAUUUUUCCUGCUGUAUUUGCAUUCCUAAAUUGAGAAAAAAAUAUGUGCAAAUUUAAAUCAAAGAUGUUUAUUUUAUGAUGCUGAUUGUAAUUGGUGAAGAAAACAACUAUGUAAGUAUAUACAACUGUAUUUUAUCGGGCCUUUUUUUUCGGACCAUGUUGACCCACUACUGUGCUCAUGAGAUUAAUUUGAGGAUAGAAUGUACAGCAAUAUUUUGAGAUUGACAUGCGAAGCAGGCGCUUGUCCUCUAUAUGCAUCGUUGUUAGCACUGGAAACUCCGUGCCAAGGAGAUGUUAAAAUCUGAUAACUCUGAGGAAGAUGUUUUUAUAUAAGAAUCACGGUUGUUUUUCCAGACCCGAUCCAGUUAAUUUCAUGAAGACAAAUUAUCUGUACUGUAAACAUAUUUAAUGUCAUAUAUCUGUAUAUCAUGAAUUGGCUUUAUUAAAAUCACGAAAGUUAUGUUUUACCAUCAA